AGAGAGAUAAGAAACGUUAGAAACUUGAUUGCACAUGGCUAAAGUGUUGUUAAAAGGGCGGAACAGAAUAUUUGCACGUGUAUACUAUAAUAUAAUAGAGGCAAAUUACGAUUAGUACACUGACUUUGUCUUCCUUAAGUGGCCCCACUCUGCCGUGUUAACUCCUCUUAAGCUCACCCACCAACCCUUACAUUCCAUGUCUCAAGUGAUGUUAUUGUGGCAUGCAAUUGCAUUGUUCCUGUGUGUUUCCAAUUUGGUCUCUGGUUCAAGCCAUAAUAAUGCCAUAAAUGGACAUACAAAGAGCAGAAAUGAAGUGAUCAUUGCUCAUCAUGGAGCUGUUGCCACCGAUGAUCGUCGAUGUUCCAGAAUUGGGCUGAAUGCUAUCCUUGAAGGAGGGCAUGCAGUGGAUGCUGCUGUGGCUGCUGCUCUUUGUUUAGGGGUUGUAAGUCCAGCUUCAAGUGGUCUUGGUGGUGGUGCCUUUAUGCUCCUUACCUUAUCUAAUGGAGAAGCAAAGGCAUUUGAUAUGAGAGAAACUGCUCCUCUUCUUGCUUCCAAGGACAUGUAUGGUGGCAAUAGUACUUUAAAGGAAACAGGUAGUCUCUCAAUAGCAGUUCCAGGAGAAUUUGCAGGCCUUCACAAGGCAUGGAAACAACACGGAAAGCUUCCAUGGAAGAGACUUGUAAAGCCAGCUUUAUUUCUUGCUAGUAGAGGCUUUAAAAUAUCACCAUACCUCCACAUGCAAAUGGAAACAACAGAGUCAGAUAUAUUGAAUGACAUUGGUCUUCGUAGUAUAUUUGCACCACGUGGAAAAUUGUUGAAGGUAGGUGAGGUUUGCCGUAAUAAGAAACUAGCAAACACUCUUAAACAAAUUUUAAUGUUUGGUCCACAAGCUUUCUAUGGUGGAUCAAUUGGCCGUAAUCUAGUUAGAGAUGUUCAAAAGGCUGGAGGGAUAUUGAGUAUGAAAGACCUUAAAAGAUACACUGUUAAAGAAAAGGAACCUAUAUCUACAGAUGUUUUUGGAUUAAAGAUCCUUGGCAUGCCUCCUCCUUCAGGUGGGCCUCCGAUGAUGCUGCUGCUGAACAUUUUAGCACAAUAUGAGCUUCCUUCAGGUCUUUCUGGUGCCCUUGGGAUCCAUAGAGAAAUUGAGGCUUUGAAACAUGUUUUUGCUGUGAGAAUGAAUCUUGGGGAUCCUGAUUUUGUAAAUAUAACUGGAGUUCUUUCUGAUAUGCUUUCUACUAAGUUUGCUCAAGUGUUGAGAAAAGACAUCAAUGAUAAUAGGACUUUUAAUUCCAGUCAUUAUGGUGGCAGGUGGAAUCAAAUUAAUGAUCAUGGUACAAGUCAUAUAAGCAUAAUAGAUUUAGAGAGAAAUGCUGUUUCCAUGACUACAACAAUAAAUGGAUAUUUUGGUGCAAAGAUUCUUUCACCAAGUACAGGAAUAGUACUAAACAAUGAAAUGGAUGAUUUUUCUAUGCCUGUAAAUGUUUCCAACAAGGAUGUUCCACCACCUUCUCCUGCCAAUUUCAUUAUGCCAGGGAAAAGACCAUUAUCAUCCAUGUCACCAACUAUUGCUCUCAAGGAUGGGAAAGUGAAAGCAGUGGUAGGUGCAAGUGGAGGGGCUAUGAUUAUUGCAGGAACUUCAGAAGUUCUUUUGAAUCACUUUGUCAAAGGAAUGGAUCCAUUUUCUUCUGUAACUGCCCCAAGAGUCUAUCAUCGGUUGAUACCUAAUGUGGUUAAUUAUGAGAAUUGGACAACUGUGAAUGGUGACCACUUUGAACUUUCUGCUGAUAUCAGGGAAGCCCUUAGAAGUAAGGGCCAUGUCCUAAAGGGCCUUGCUGGUGGGACAAUUUGCCAAUUUAUCGUUUUAGACAAUUUUGAGCAUUCUAGGAUAAAUGAAGGUAUUGGAAAGCUUGUGGCAGUGAGUGAUCCAAGAAAGGGUGGUUUUCCUGCAGGCUUUUGAGACAAUUCAUUCACAUUUUGUGACCUCAUUUCAUCUAUAUGCAAGUUUCUUCCAUAUGUUUCCUCCCUUGGUCCCACUGGUAGUUGUAUUUUAAGACUAGGAAUAAUUAAAUGUGGUUUGACGUGUAUUACUAUUUUUGGUUUUAUCUGGAACUAUACACCGAAUAAGUUUUGGUAUAACAAUU